UUUUAUUAGAAAUCAAUUAUAUGAUACACUAUUUAUAUUUAUUGAUUUUAUUAACAGAAAUUGAUUGUAAAAUACAAAUCGAUUCCAAUUUGACCAUUGGUGAUAAUAAUAAUAAUCAUGAUAUAUCCUCUAAUCAAUUAACUAAAUCAAUAAGAUAUGGAAUGAAUACAAUCAAUAAAUAUUCUAUACAUGAUCUAGUUAAUAAUGAUCAAAUUAAUCAUAAUGAUCCUAUUACAUCAUCAACAUCAUCAUCAUCAACGAUGACAACAACAACAAUUCAAUUAGCAUUUAUUGUUAUUGAAGAAGUGAAAAUAGGUAGUUUAAUAGGCAAUUUAUUAGAUAAAUUACAAUUACAAAAUUCUAAUUGGUUACUAACUAAUUCAUUAAUAAGUAAUAUUCAUAAUCAAAAUAAAAAUAAUCCAUUUGUAAAUUUAAAACCAAUUCCAUAUAUUAAUUUAAAUCAAACUACUGGUGAUUUAAUAGUACGUACACGUAUUGAUCGUGAAACAUUAUGUGAUACAGCAGGAACAUGUUGUCAUACUGAAAGGCAAAUUGAUUAUCAUCUAUGGUCAACUAAUAAUCAUAAUAAUAAUAAUAAACUACAAAUUAUGAAUGAUGAUAAAUUAACUGGACAAUUAUCAAUGAUUACACCAGAUUGUGCAUUACGUAUGCUUGUAUUAUUUCAUACGGAUAGUGAACAAUUUUUAGAGAUUAUUAUUUAUAUAUUAGAUAUUAAUGAUAAUACACCAAGAUGGAUACAAUCUGUAAUUGAAUUAGAAAUUCCAGAACAUACAGCAAUUGGAACAGGUUAUCAAUUGCCAGAAGCGAUAGAUCCUGAUCAAGGACCUAUGCAUACAGUUGUAGCUUAUGAAUUAGAAAAUAAACCAUUGAAAGAAAAUAUUGAUCAAACUAGUAAAGAUUAUUAUUCAAAUUCAUUAAAUAGAGAGAUGCAAGAUAAACAACCAUUCAGUUUAGAUGUACGUGCAUUAGAUAAUUCAAAUUCUAAGACACAAAAAUUUUCAUUAAUACUUCGUAUUGAAGAAGAUUUAGAUCGUGAAACACGUCCUACAUAUGAACUUAUUUUAUAUGCAAUUGAUGGUGGUGAAACGGUUCAAAGUCAUUCUGAGAGACAUUACACUCCAAUUGGUACUUAUUCACUUCCAAAUGUAUCGAAUAGGCAUACAGGAUCAGUGCUGAUACGUGUACUGCUGAUUGAUAAGAAUGACAAUGCACCGAUAUUUAGGAAUCCUGACCAAGUUGUCGUUAUUCCAGAAAAUACAAAACCCGGUACAGUUAUAUAUCAAGCAUCAGCUAAUGACUUGGAUUCUGCUGAUCAUAAUUCUUUAGUAUAUAAAAUUGGACCAUCGGCUAGUGCGGAAGUGUUGAGAUGUUUUCGACUGAAUUCAGAAACUGGAGAAUUAAUUCUUAUCAUGCCACUAAGCUAUCAGAAUGCCAGUGUACUUUCUUUGGAUAGCAUUAAUACAGUUACAAACGUGAAUAAUAGAGUGGAUACAGCUUCACCUAUACCAUUAAUUGGUCAUCGCAUACCAAUUCAAGUUAGCGAUCAAAUACAUAUCACAGAAAUGACUUUGAUUGUUAGUAUUCGAAAAAUCAAUAUGAAUCCUCCAUCAAUUCAUGUAGCAUCACAUCUACGCUUAUCUUCAAGAGGCAAUCAAAUAUGGAUUGCUGAAGAUGCUCAAGUAGGCUCACUUGUUGCCAUGAUUAAUGUAAUCGAUUCCGAUGAUAUUGUACCACAAAGUAGAUCAAAUCAACUUAUGAGUAGAGAAGCAAAAUCCGAAUGUCGUAGUAAACAUGAUUCGUUUGAGGUUUUACCACUUCACACAGUGACGAAUACAGAUUUUAAAUUAGUACUAAGAAAAUCAUUAGAUAGGGAGACUAAAUCAUCUCACAGUGUAAAAAUUGAAUGUUGGGAUUCUGGUGAACCUCCAUUAACAGCUGAAACCAGUAUCUUAAUACAAGUAGAUGAUAUAAAUGACUCACCACCAGUGUUUGAUCGUCAAUUUUACUUUUCUAAAAUUAAAGAAGGUCUUGAUCCUUCUACACCAAUAAUACAAGUUCGAGCUACUGAUGCAGAUUUAGGGAAAAACGCUGAAAUUAUCUAUCGAUUAGUUUCACAAGAAUAUACACUAGCAACUGCAUUACCAGAUACUAUGUGUUCUUCAAUCAAUUCCCUUCAUAUUGAAAAGAAUCUUAUAUCGAUCAAUGAGAAUACAGGCGAAUUAAUUAGUCAAAUUGCAUUAGAUCGUGAAAGUAUUGCAUUGAUCAAUUGUACAGUGGAAGCAAUUAAUAAAAAUCAGUUAUAUUUAACUGAAGAUGAUAAAGUUAAUUCAAUGUAUAAAACUUCUACCCAAAUCAUUAUUACAAUAGAUGAUUUAAAUGAUUGUAAACCAAUGUUUAAUGAAUCAUCAUAUGAAUUUACUGUAGUUGAAGGUCAAAAACCACAUUAUCAAAUAGGUCGAGUGUAUGCAGUUGAUUGUGAUGCAGAAUUAUCCAAUCGUAUGAUAAGAUAUAGUAUGCGACCAUCACCUGGUACAGUAGGUCAAAUGGUAAAACUUUAUGUUUAUAUCAGUUUUGAAGGUAUCAUCUAUACACAUCAAACAACAGAUCGUGAACAAACUCCUGUAUUAACUUUUGAAGUUAUAGCUACUGAUACCGGGAAUCCUCCACUUUCCGCUGUAUCAAAUGUUCUUAUUCGAAUUUUAGAUACUAAUGAUAAUUCACCUGUAUGGAUAUUUCCAAAACAAUUUGGUGCUAAUAGUGUUAUAAAUAUUUCACAAUAUUCAACUGUCGGUUUAUUGAUUGCUCAAUUGAAAGCGAUUGAUAUUGAUGAAGGUUUAAAUGGAGAAAUUAGUUAUUCAAUUGUACAUGGAAAUGAUGAUGGAUUAUUUGAAGUGGAUCCAAUGAGUGGUGCAUUAUAUUUAGUACGUUCAUUGCAUCAUUUAUUACAACCAAUGAAUUUGAAAUCACUAACAAAAGAAGAAUUAAACAAUACUAUAUUAUUUCAAACUGGAGAUAUCAUUAAUAAUCUAGGAAAAAUUCAUGAACAAGUUCAUAGUUAUAGACUUUUAUUAAAAGCACAAGAUCGUGGAACACCUCCACGACAUAAUACAACAGUUCUAUAUAUAGCUAUACUUCCUUUACAAUUUGAUAAACAAUCACAAACUGAUCGUGUUUCCAUGGAAUCCAUAUAUCAUCAUUCUGAAUUAAAACGUCAAUCGGAUUCAAAUUUUCGUGAUUUCAAAAGAAUGGAUCGUGAUUUAAUUAUUAUGAUUGUAUUAAUUGCAUUAACAUUAAUUAUUUCAAUGAUUUUAAUUGUGACAAUAUUUUUAAUUCGAUGUAAAAAUCUAUUAUGUAUUACACCGUUUCGUAGAUCAAAUCAUAAUCAAACUCGUAAUCUUUGUAGUACUACUACUACUAAUAAUAAUAGUAAUAGUAGUAAUAAUACGAAUAAUCCAAUCACAAUAGAUAAUCAUACAAUUCAAUCAAAUAACAGAAAUGGUUGCGAAUUUAUUCGUGAUCACUGGUGGAAUAGAUCAUGGAAUACAAAAACUUUACCAAAAGAAUAUUGUAUAAAUAAGUCAAGUGAUUUAUUGUCUACCUCUAGUCAAGAUAUGUACAGAACUAGUACACUUGAACAUUGUCCAGAAUUCAAUUUACUUCGUUGUGUACAAAAUACAACAUCGAAUUCACCAUGUGAUCAUAUUUUAUUAAAAGAUUCCACUUAUAGAACAUUAAAUCCAGAUACAUUUAAAUAUAAUAAUAGUUCACAACCGUGUCAUUCAUUAUGUUCAUUUAAUACAAGUACAAAUACUAACCCUAUUAGUAAUAAUAAUAAUAAUAAUAAUAAUAAUAAAUAUAAUACAAUAUCCGAUAUUCAUAAUCCAUUAACUAAUGACUUGAUUAUUGAUAUGAAUUCAUCAAUAAUGAAUGAUAAUCCCUAUACUUUAUUAAAAACAUCGGAUAUUAAACAUUUUAAUAAUAAAGAAUUAAUUUAUCAACCAUUAUAUACUAAUUCAUUAAAACAAUAUUGUAUAACACCAAUUCUAUAUAAACAUGAUAAUAUAGAAGAAAAUAAAAAAUAAAGAAAAAACAAAGAAAAAAUAGAGAAAAAUAAAAAAUAAAGAAAAAAUUUUAAAAAAUAGAGAAAAAAUUGAAAGAAAACUUAUUAAUUCAAAAUGAAUAAUUCAAAAACAUUUUUAAUUGUAUCACAAUUUUAAUGAAUAUUGAAUGGAAAAGAAAAAAAGAAAAAAAUAGAAACAAUCAGGAUUAUCAUAUAUUAAAACAAAUAGUCAACAACAACAACAACAACAAAAACAACAACGAGAAAAACAAAAAACAAAAACAAGAAAAACAACCACAAAAAUAGCAAAAACGACAACAACAAGAAAAACAACAUGAACAAAAACAAACAACAACAAGAGGAAAAACAACAAAAACAGAAACAGCAAAAAACAACAAAAGAAAGAAAGAAAACUAAUAUUCUUGUGUAUAUGAAUUUCAAGUUCUUUUGUAACAUGAAAAAUAAUGUAGUUUUAUUAAAUGUAUAUGAAAUGGAUAUAUUAUAAUGACGAUGAAU